GGGCAAGGCCGGGCUGAGGAAGACGGCGGGGGCACUGCCCGGCGCUAACAAAGGGAGCCGGCUGCCGGGCGGCUCGGGCGCGGAGCGGGCGGAGCAGCCGCAGCCUUGGCGGCCGAGAACGCGGCGAGUGGGAAACCAAGGCCUGGAGAGUUCAGCCACUUGUCCAAGUUUAAACCGAGUGAAAUCAGCAAGAGAGAGAGGACGUGAGCAUGGGUCUCCCAACUCCCACACUGCACCACCGUGCCAGCAGCUGAGGCAAAACCAGGGUUCUGUGGUUGGCUUGAAAGGCAGUGGCCUUAGGCAGAAUAGAGUUAAACAAAGAAGGCAGGGUAGAGCCCGCUGUGCAGAGCUCUGUGGUGAGCAGCCCAGAGAAGAAGCAGGGAAGCCAUGGAGCCCAGCUGAAAUGAACUGGCCUCCCUGAGCCUUCUCAAGCCCUGGUCUGUCCAGCGCUGAGAUGUUUUUUGAUUAUCCUGAGGAAAGUGAGCCUUGGCCUCCAGACCCAAUAAAGCAAACAUCCCUCCCAUGGAGAAGAGUGCUGGUUCCUGAGGACCUGGAGAGCCUGCAGCUCCAGGGGGAUUAGCCAGAAGCAGGCUCGUUUUCCGCUCAGAACAGAGUGGCUUCCUUGAAAACAUCUUUCAUUAUGAUUCACUCCAGCUUGAAGAAAAAAUUCAGCUUCUGUGUGCUGGUCUUUCUCCUGUUUGCUGUCAUCUGUGUGUGGAAGGAAAAGAAGAAAGGAAGUUACUAUGAAUCCCUUAAAUUGCAAACCAAGGACUUACAGAUGCCGAGGAGUCCAGAGAAACGGGCCAUUGGGUCUGGUUCCAAGUUUGCAUCUUCAAGCAGCACCCAAGACCCCCACAGGAACACCCAGGGCCUCAGCAAUCCCAGGAGUCCAGCCAAGGCCAAACCAGAGGGCUCUUUCCAGGUGUGGAACAAGGACAGCUCUUCCAAAAACCUCAUCCCCAGGCUGCAGAAGAUCUGGAAAAAUUAUCUGAGCAUGAAUAAGUACAAAGUGUCCUACAAGGGGCCAGGGCCGGGUGUCAAGUUCAGUGCAGACGUCCUACGCUGCCGCCUCCGGGACGAAGUGAAUGUAUCCAUGGUAGAGGCCACAGAUUUUCCCUUCAACACCUCUGAGUGGGAGGGUUACCUGCCCAUGGAGGACAUUAGGACCAAGGCUGGGCCAUGGGGCAAGUGUGCUGUCGUCUCAUCAGCGGGAUCUCUGAAGUCCUCCCAACUGGGCCAAGAAAUAGAUGAUCAUGAUGCGGUCAUGAGGUUUAAUGGGGCACCCACAGCCAGCUUCCAACAAGACGUGGGCACGAAAACCACCAUUCGCCUGAUGAACUCUCAGUUGGUCACCACAGAAGGGCGCUUCCUCAAAGACAGUUUGUACAAUGAAGGCAUCCUAAUUGUGUGGGACCCAUCUGUUUACCAUUCAGAUAUCCCAAAGUGGUACAAGAAUCCCGACUACAGUUUCUUUGAUAACUACAAGAGCUAUCGUAAGCUGCAUCCUGAUCAGCCCUUUUACAUCCUCAAGCCCCAGAUGCCUUGGGAGCUGUGGGACAUCAUUCAAGAAAUCUCCCCAGAGGAGAUUCAGCCCAACCCCCCAUCCUCCGGGAUGCUUGGCAUCAUCAUCAUGAUGACGCUGUGUGACCAGGUGGAUAUUUACGAGUUCCUCCCAUCCAAGCGCAAGACUGACGUGUGCUACUACUACCAGAAGUACUUUGACACCGCCUGCACAAUGGGUGCCUACCACCCACUCCUCUUUGAGAAGAAUAUGGUGAAGCACCUCAACCAGGGCACAGAUGAGGACAUUUACCUGUUUGGAAAAGCCACACUGCCUGGCUUCCGGAGUAUUCGUUGCUGAGCAGGGGCUCCCUGGCCAGGUCCCCUCACCCUUCUCCACUGAGCGUUUUACAGCCGGUCUCUUGGCCACGCUAGGCCUGGGAAGACCAUAUUCCUACACAAUUUCAGCCUGUACUUUAGGCCUUGUGUCAGCAAGAGCCUAGGGGCUUCAGGAGCCAGGGGUCAAGGGACCAGGUCCAGCCUGCCCUAUAGCUGCAGUACGUGAGCCCAAAGCCUCCUGCACCCACAUGUACACACACACCUAGUCCUCCCCUCCGCCCACACAGGUAAACGCAAGAUCCACCUUUCGCACCAGGGCUUCCAAAGCUGAGCUGCUUUCCCCAUCUGAAUGAUGUUAUCCUCGCACACCAGCACCCUAUACUGCUUGAAAUCUGCCCUAGACAUUGAUUUCAUAUUUUAAAGAAAUUCUCCCAGAUUAUGAUCGUGCCUGGUACAGGGUGGCUCUGGGAAGCAAGUAAGUGGUAUGGGGCAUAGGAAGCAUUCUUGAUUUCUCCAGAACACAGUUGCUCCCCAGGUCCAUGCCCUGGGAGAGGCGAUGUUUCUCUCGCUCUGGCUGUUUUGGUUGGUCCCUAGCCUGUGUGCUAAGGAGCAAAGAGUCUUGAUGAACUCUGAACGCUCCCCGUAUGGAGAUGAGAGGUACAGAAAGGUACAGGCUCCAUCCUCAAGUUGUACACAGUUCAGUGGGAGAGACAGCGAGGUAAGCUUUGGUGUGCUCAGGGCGCUGGGGACUUGUAGAGAGACUGACUGGCUGUGCUGUCUGUCUGCACUCUCAGGAUGGGCCACACACUUACUGUCUCUGUGGGUCAUAGAGGGCUUCACAGAGCUAGGGGCAGUGGAGUGGAGUUUAGAGGAAGCGGAGAAACAUGUCAAGCAGAUUUUGUCUCUGUCAUUUGAGUUGUGUUUUUCUUUCUGCCUUUAUUACCCAUAUAUAUUCUUGAAGAUCUGCUUAAACUUACAGCCCCAACUUAAUUUUUGAGGAAAACCCCUAUGCGUGUCUGAGGUAGCAAGUGCAGCCCCAUGACAGACACCAGGCAGACCAGAUGCCAGCAGCCUGAUUUCUCCAGGCUCGGCCUGGCCUGACCCUGUCCUUCCAGCUGGGUUUACACUCUGUGUCCACCUCUUCCUUUUUAAUGUCCACCCCCAAAACUCCUCCUGCCAUCUUGUUUUUUCCCCCUUUAGAGAGCAGUCGGCUCCCUCCCAAAUUACUUUUAAGCAUUUUCUACUGUAAAAGUAUCCUGACCCCAUUUCUUGGACCUUCGUGGGCCUUCUCUGGAAAGUCUCUCAGGGAGUGGGCAUGUGGUUCCCUAGAACUUAAAGUUGGUCCCGAAGGUCAGAACCUUAGAGAUGCUAACUGAUUCUCACAGGUGCAUCAGAUUGCCACGCCCUCCACCCCCUCACAGCAGAGGCCCUCCCGCUGUGUCUGCAAGCAGGCCUCCUGGAUGGUUUGCUAAGCUCUUCCCCCUGUAAAGAAUGCACUGGACUGGUCAAGCCCCUGGUGUGGAGAGGGUAAAGGACUUGCUCAAGUCCCAGAGUAAUGCUGGAGGGCCAGGGCUCCUAGAUGCAGGCUUCUGGACUCCUGAAGCUAACCCAUGUGCUCAAGGGCCUCCAAUGUUUGCGCUCCAGACCAGCCGUCUGCAAGCUGGACUUCUCAUUUGCCGCCAAACCCUUGGCUUACAUAUGCAGUAGAAAGAGCCCUGGAGUUAGAAGCCCUGGGUUUUCAAGUUGAUGUUCCUCUACUUACUAGAUUUGGCACCGUGGGCAAGUUCGCCUCUCUGAGCCUCUGUUUCCACAUCUGUAAAAUGGGAGUGAUGAGUCUACCUCUCAGGGCUGUCAUGAGGGUUCCGUGCAACAGCCAUCCUGGUUCUGCACCUGGCUCAUGGCAGGUGCUCAGUACAUGGUGGUGUCCUUCCUUCGUUCACUAAGGACCUGCUCUGAGCUCACACAGGGCAGGACUCUCCUUUGUGGGAGGCCAGAGAGGGGUCCCUGUCCUCAGGGAAUUAACUGUCUUAUUGGGAGACAACAACUACCCUGCCUGGGGCACCCAGGAAACCAUCCGAGGCAGUGGAGGGUGCAGAAUGGGCCCCUUUACCUCCUCCCUGCCUGCAGCUCAGGCCCGAUCUGCUUGGGAAUGGGCUGAGCACUCGCGCCGCUUACUGCUGCGUGAACUAAUCUUUUCCACCUCUCUGGGCCCAUGAAUUCCUGGCUCUCUUUAUGUUCUGAUUUGAUACAUUCAUUGCAAUCUUUGAAUCAUGAACAUGAGUGCAGAGGAAGGUGGCAUUCCAUCAGCAGAAGAGAGAUGUUGGUUUGGGACCCUGAGACUACACUGGGUAGAUGCUAGCUUUUAAUUAUGAUUAAUAUAAGGGAUCAAGUUCAUUUGUGUGAUUUUAAUUCUGUGCUCUCUCUAUAUGGAAGCUCCAGUAAAAUAAGAGGGGUAUUGAUGGGCUGGUGAGCUGUUUAAUAUUUGCGACAGAUAAUUUAAAAAUUAUGACUGAGAAUUGCAGGAAAGCCUAUCUCUCUGAAGGGAUUUAUCUUUAGUAGCCAUCUAUUCAGCCUAUAUCAUGAUAUCCUCUAAUCCUUCCAACAAUCAAAUAAGCUAUCGAUAUUGUUUUGGAGUUGGACAUCAAUCUCAGAAAAUUCUAAGAUUCUAAGCUAAUUCUGAAUUACCCAAAGAUUAUAAACGAUUUUAAAAUAAAUGUGUUUUUUAAAAAGCUU